AUGGACUCGUGGAUCAACACUUUGCCUGCUGAUUUGCAAGCCAAAGUGAAUGCUUUGGUAACCUCAGUACCUUCAAGCCGGGCAAUUCUCGAUGACAUUCACGAUUACUUGACUACCACGAAAAAGAGGAAGACUCCAGUACAGCGAAAGCAACCGCAAGCGUUAGCGCCUGCUGCCGCAAAUAACGACAAUGGUCCCCCAAACCCUUAUCAUGUCAAGUACACUGAACCAGUGAACCCACAGGAAAUAAUUUUUCAGUUAUCAAACUUGCCAUUCACGUCUCCCGUGAGAAAAAAGUACCAUCUUUUGUUCCAUUUGCUCAUCGCAGACAAUGUUCCCCACCCCGUUUUGUCCAUAGUGAACAUCGCCAAUAAAACACCAGAAUUAUCACUAACGGGUCUCAAGUCUGCCGUCAAGCUUUGUAUGUUGGCGCCAAUUUUGGGCAAUUCUACUGUCCUGUCGAAAAAAGAUACAGGCAUGCUAUGCUUGUGGCUACAAGAUGACGCCGCAUUCGACAAGACAAAAAAUGACCCUAUCAUUUGCAACAUUAACUUGGAUGUUGUCAAAAAGCAACUAAUUGAAGAUGGUAAGAUUCCUCCACAUGCUGAGCACCAGGUAACUGAUUCCGAUCCUGAUAAUGAAGAUGCUAUCAAGCCUAUAAAUGAACAGAUCAUUUUCUUCUUGCAAAGGCAGUUUAGUCUAUGUGGCAUUGAGCUUCACAAUUUCAUGCCAUUAGCAAGGCCCUCUCAUAACACGAUGAAAGUCAACGCAGAUACAGCAAUCGCUGUAUCAACGAAGAAUGAUUCAAUUUCUGAUUUCGUCGCUGCCAGUGCCUACAAGGGCUCCAAAGAAGGAAGCCUUUUGCUCUUGAAUACCAAUUCAGAAACAGCUUUUAUGAUAUUUGGAUUUAAGAAGCCGAUUCUCCUUAUUGAGUUUUCAAAAAUAAGAGAUAUCUCCUACAAGGAUAUAACACGAUUCACAUUUAAUAUGUUGGUUACAAUCGCAGCAACUCUGGAAAGUCAAGAUGAGGUUAUUGAGUUUAGCAUGAUUGACCAGCAAUCCUAUCAAGAUAUCGAUGACUUUGUCAGAAGGAUGAAGAUUCAAGACAACUCAUUUGAUGCGAAGUUGAGAGAGAAACCAGAAGACAAGUCUGAGAACAAUGCUGUCGAAGAGGCCCCACAAGUGGCUGUUGAAGAAGAUAGUGACGACGAAGAAGAAGAUGGCACUUACACUGGUGGAGUCGAGGAGGGUGACGAGGCGGAUGAUAGUGAUGUUGCCGAGGAGUUUGAUAGUGCCGCAAAUGAUUCCGACGGCGAUAUGGAUGAAGAAGAUGAUGAUGAAGACGACGCGAAUGAAGAUGCUUCCGAGGACAUCGGGCUGGAAUGA